AUGGCGGCCCUCUCGUGCGCCGUCUGCCCUGCGGAGCAGUGCAAGAUGCGCGAUGCGACGACAGUACGCCUAAUGGUUAGGGACCAUUUCUGCUUCAAGCCUGAGCGAUGCGCUCUGUGGGCAGCGAUUGACGAGUUCAAUGCAGCCUUUGAUGACGUCACCAUCGUGGCUUCGGAGGAAGGGAAGGGCUCGGAUAUUGAGUGGGAGAACACCGUGGCCGCCGACGUCGGGACCGCCACGGUCACAGGGAAGGGAAGAUUUGACGUCGUCACCAUAAAGGAGACCUUCAUUCCCGAUCUGGUUGAGGAGGCUGGGAACGGCGGCCUCGCGCCACUCUCACAACUCGACACGGAUGAGUGGUACGCCGACACCUACUUUGAGGUGCGCGAGAAGCUGCUCAGCUACGAAGGGAAAACCUUUGCCGUUCCCCUCGACGCCGACUUUGCGUCCAUGCACGUCCUCGACUCGGCCAUUGCGCUCGGGGAGAGCCCGCCCGAGACGUGGGGCGAUUUCGUGGAGCUGGCGGUCAAGUACCAUGGCGGAGACCUGAACAGCGACGGGCAACCGGAUACGGGCUUCUGCUACACCAACAGCGGAGAUAUGUGGAACUUUAUCAAGCAUCACAUGCUCGCCAGCAUGACACAGACGAGAGGCACGGCUCAGGGCUAUAUGUUCGACACCGAUUCCAUGGAGCCAACCUUUGCGCCGGCUGGACGAGCAGUUGAUGUUGCGAGAGAGCGCGGCGUCUUCGCCAAGAUCGCGGCGAUGGUCAACGCGCUGGGCGAGGUCAAGCAGGCCUACAUGAAUGUGGCGGAGGCCAAGGGCAACUGCAUCCUCUUCCUCGGGCACACGGCCAAGCUCAUGUACUACGACAAGGCGCACCCUGCAACUACGCUGCCCGUCCCCGGAUCGGACCUCGUCCUGCUUCGUGGCAGCACCACCCUCAAGGAGUGCAAUGCGACCUCAUGCCCGUACGCCAGAAGGGCGAGCGAUGGCCGCUUGAUCAAUCGGGCGCCCUUUGUCGAGGCGCACUUCAACCUGGCGCUCUCCAAUCUCGCAUCUCCGGACGCGGCGGCCGGCGCCAUGCGUUUCUUCCGGUUCGUGCAGGCCCGCCGGCUCAACGUCAUGCUGGAAAGCUACUGCUUCGACCCGUGGAGCUCGAGCCAGCUCGACGACAGCGCCUGGCCGUCCUACCUCGCCCGCUUCCCUGACGCAAACAAGACGGUGUUCGAGGCGAAGCGGUCCCGCACAGAGGAGGUCCUGGGCAGCGACAACCACAACGCCGUGUUGCCCCUCCGCAUAAACGGGGCUACCGAGUACGAGGAGGAGUUCGAACGAGCACUCGACGUGGCUGCUGCCGCCGUUGGCGACGGCAACGAUAGCGCCGUCGAGGAUUCACUGCUGCAGCUGAUUGAGAGCUUCAAGGCGACGACGGACAAGUUCAACCGUCGGUUCUCGAGCCCUGACUGGCAGAUCAACAUCUACCGUAAGAGCCUCGGCCUCGCGCCCGUGGCGCCAGACAAGGGCAGCGCCAGGAGGACAGCCGUGAUAGUCGCAUCAGUCAUCGGCGGGCUGAUGGGGCUGCUGCUCCUGCUGCUCGUGGCGUGGGCGGCGCGCAAGAAGGUGCGCCAGAUCCGGCGCGACCGGAGGGCGCGGGAGGAGGCGUGCGAGCGGGUCAUCAAGGAGGCCGUCGCAAGCCUGGACCGGCUCGACUACCCUUUCGUGCUCGUGCCAGCCUCCGAGUUUCUCGCCGCCGGCACCAUGAUGCCUCACGAGUCGCUGCGUGAUGAGGGCAAGGUGCUCGUGCUGGACUCGGUGGAGGCGGUGCAGGCGUCGCGGAAGGAGCACCCGAUUGUCUUCUUCUCGCACCAGUGGACCUCCUUCUCGAGCCCGGACCCCGACGGCACGCAGUACCGCGAGAUGGUGACGGCCCUCCGCCAGGUCGUCGCCCUCAAAGGGUGGGAGAUGGAGAGGGUUCGAGUCUGGCUUGACUACAGCAGCAUCCCGCAGCGGCACCCCGGCAUCCAAGACCUGGCCAUCCGCACACUCUCCUGGUACGCGUCCCAAGCCUCGGCCUUCAUCGUCGUCGCGCCGAGCUGCCGCCACGCAGACCUCGGCACCCGUUGCGACGCAUCGUCGUACCAGCGCCGCAUGUGGUGCCGCGCCGAGCAGCUUUGCUACUCGCUGCGCAAAGGCACCGGCAACAUGUUCCUCGCGGCGGACGGCACGGUGGCCCCCGUUGAGGCGAGCUUCUUCGCCGAGGCGCUGCACGUCUUUGAGGGCGAGCUGACUUGCUGCAGGCUCGGCCACGCGGGCCGCCCCUUUUGCGACAGGCAGAGCCUCGUCGCGCCCAUCCUCGGCCUCUACGGCGCCGUCUGCGCCAAGUGCGAGACGUGCGCGGAGGGCGAUCCGCUCGGCGAACUUAGCAGCCACGGCAACAACGGCAGCGGCGGCGGCGGCGGCGGCGAAGACGGCCGCGGUGACGGUGGUGGCGACGGCGGGGAGCGCGGAAGCGGCGGCGACGGCGACAAGGGCGGCGCGCCCGGCGCGUCCGCUUCGGUGCAAACCUUCCUGCAGGAGAUCGAGGCGAACCGCGACCAGAUCUUCCCGCCCACCUUUGAGCGCGUCUCCGCCGGGCCGGACGGGGGCAGGGUCGUCGAGACCGUCGAGCUCUUCGGAGACCUCGUGCCACGCAUGAAGGCGCACGCAAAGCAGGGCCUGCUGCGGCACGACCUCGCCGCAGACGAGGAGACCACCCUCGGCAUCCGCUUCACCAUCGAGCACGGGAGCAUCGAGCGGCGCAGUAGCCGCUCGCCGAAAGGCGACACGCCGAGCGGCCGCAAGCAGGCUAGCAAACAGGGCUCCAUCGGCCUCCGGCGGGCCUCUGGCUCUGCCCUCGCGCCACCCCCCUCCGUGCGCUGUAACCCCAGGGAACCGUAG